UGGGAAACAACAGGACGCGUUCUUCUUUGCCUGCGGUUGUGUGAUAAGUAGAGUAAGUACAAGAGCAUCCGCGUAGUGCCCCCGGCCAUUUUCGCGAGAGGAUCGAUAGGUAAGCAACUGAGAGCAGCAUACUGGUACACAAUAUCGAAGUGCUGGAGUAUUAAGCAAGCAGUUUUCAUCCACUCGAGGAAUCAAUAUUGUAUAUAUAAGAGGUUUAAAAUCAUUUAUACGGACACCCGCAGAGUCAGUGACUCGAGAACACCACCAUCCAGUGUUGUAAGUCAUGCAGGAGACGCCAUCGAAAGCUUGAAUCCUGUCAAGAACUUCUGUGCUUAUUUUUUUGAAAGAUGCACCAGUCUACCUCUAGUCGCCCUCCUCGAGCGACUUCCCCAGCAGCGUUAAUGGGUGUACCUUUCUCUAUUCCCUUGAAGCUGCGGGAUGUUCGCAGCUGCAUCGAUAUUCACACCACCGGUUGUGCCAGCACCAGCACCGACCGCGGCCCCCCACACAAUGACGAGUCUCCCGCGUCCGCGGGGGUAGGGCCCAAUAAAACUGAAGCGAGUGCAUCGGCUACAACCUCUGCCAAGAAUGGCGGUGCCGCAGGAGAUAAGGAACAAGACGGCCCCAGCAGAUCAACUUCGGAGGACGCAAAGAACUCUAUCGCGAUGAACAUGACGGAACAAUGCGAAGCGGGGACCAGGACAAGCCGUGGCGGGGACGCACCUGUGAGCUGCCAACACGAGCAGGGUGCAGCUGCGACACUGAAUGUUGGGGUCACCCUUGAGGUUCCGCUUUCGGAGAAACUUGUAGACAUGUUGCUGCAGUAUCGCCAACUGCUCGCGGCGGAUCAGGCCGGGCGAGGAGGAGGGGGAGGCGCGGCGGCACGCGCAGCUACCAACUGGAAGAACCAUCACGUAGGAGCCGCCGCCGCGUACGGGUCGCAGCGGCCCGCACCACGGCCUACACUUGGCAGACCAGGCGUCGUCGCCAGCACGACGGCAGCUAUGACUACCGUCCCGGGCAGCACGCAGCAGCAACCUAGCAGUCGCCCGGGGUCACAGACUUCGGGACAACAAGUGGGGCAACAGCAGUCGGUGAUGAAAAAGCACAUACGUAUUAUACCAGAUAUUGGUUUCCUGCUUCAACGGUCUCAUUCUGAUGGGUAGAAAAAAGCUUUUCCGUCGUGCUUUCGGCGAUUGUUUGUGCGUCUUCUGGUAAGGGUAGGGAUGAAAGAGAGAAAGUGAGGGUUUAUUCUUACUCCCCGCCGGGAUGCUUCUAACUAACCUGGUUGCUUCGAAGCGCUAUGGUAAACAAUUUGUAAAUCAACAAACGCAGGCUCUGCGCAUGUGGGCGGAUCAGAGCAUACAGUCGGCCGCUCAGUUUCCAGAGGCGCGUCCGACCCGGUCCGCGAGUGAGGUGAUCCAUUGACCGCCAUCGCACUGCUCAAUUGCCUUCGGAAUCCUACUACAUGACCGAUACGAUCACGACUCUGCAUGCGAAGAAGAGGGCGACUUCUACCAGCCGCGCAUCUAUGUAAUUGCACAGUGAAAGUUUCACGUAUUUUUUUUUGCUGGCGUGCCGUCAAUAAAUCGUGGUUCGGAAGGCUCAGUUUUUGCAUAGUCUGGAUGGAAUUCGCUCGGCAAUCUCGUAUCCUUUGAGUUAAAAAUAGCUUGCGACCCGGUGACUAUUUUUUUGGAAACUACUAUGUAUACAUGCCAGAGCCUGUCAGACGGCUCAUUUAGCCCUUCCGUGGUAUUUGGUAAGCUUCUUUGCGAGUAUGAGUAUGAUCUGAGUCUGCCUUCGUGACGGUGACCUCUUUCUAGCUUGCUACAAGAGUAUACAUAGUAAUUGCAAAGUUCUCACAACAUCAACGUGCACCAUCAACUCCUGACUGUUUCGGAUCGUUUUGUUCGAUCAGGGUUUCGUAUGUUGAGCACUUAGUCGCGGCGAAAGUUGGCGUCUCGACCUGGAAGAAACGCUUUUGAGUGCACAGAAUGAGC